AUGGACUACUCACUAGACCUAAUAGAUUUUGGUAUGAAAUACAAAGAAGACUAUCUAAAAGUAACAGGCAAGAAAGGAAGAGUAAAAUACAAAGAAUAUAAAGAAUUCUACGCUAAAUACUAUCACAACUAUCCUGAAACAGCCACAGAUUGUUAUAAAGAAUUUCUUCAAAUGCUUGGUAAACGAG